CCCCACCGCAGUAGUGAUUGGUCCAACGCUCCUCCGCUGAUAGACACGCAACUAUAGCGCUAUAUAAACCAUCAGGGACGCAGGAUGGAAAACGCAAAACGUCCGAGGUUCAUCGUUCAAAUGAAAAAUGGGAAGGCUGUAUUGUUACCGAUCAAUCAAGCAUCCUCUACUCCGCCAGUUGAAAUAAACUCCUAUCAUCAUUUACAUCCGGAUGUUUUGGAAGAUUUAUCCUCGUGCUCAGAUAAAACACAAACAUACGAAGAACAUAACGAAAAUUUCAUCCAAACACCGAGCACCUCACGACAACACUUGCAAAAAAACCCACUUCCGAAGCAAAAAUCCUGUUCAACACAAACCAAUAGACAACCUGAAGGAGAUUAUUUAUGGAACGAAAUUAUCAACAAACUGGACUUAAUACAACAGGAGCAAAGACAGCAAGCAGAGAUAUCAAACAAGAGAAUAGCAGCUUUGGAAGGACAAAUCAAAUUGAUGCGCUCAGAAUUCAACAUUGUCUCUGACAAAUUGAUUCCUCGUCCAGGGUUUGUGGCUGUGUCGAGUUUUGAGUGGGAACCACUAGCAAACAAAAAAGAUCUGGACACGCUUGAAAAAAGAUUGUCGGAACCUGAGUUUAGAAAGAAUUUCAAUGACUAUUUAGAAACUCGUCUACCAUCAGAUUGUUCAGAAGAAAGGAUGCAUGCGGCUAUGGACAUAAUAUUUACAAAGGAGCUAGUGACUCAAAUCACGUGGACGGGCAUAAGUCGUCCCAUUGAAAAAAUAUGCUUUUUCGAAUACAAAAAUAUAAUUAGGCAAUUUAAAGACAUAGGAACAUACGGAGGUGUUACACCAUCUGAUAAAGCAAUCAAAGGAUUUUUCCAAAACAAAUUCAAGCAUGGUGGUCAAAGGCUAAACUUAGUUGGAUUAGUUAGAACUUCUCAUCAUCGACGCUAGAAAUCGUAUAAGUUGCUCAGUGUCGUUAUGUAAGUUAGAAAUAAAUGAAUUUAUUAAAUGUGUUCGGAAAUACCAUCAUGUGAUAUGAAAAC